AUGUGGAAGAAAGGCUUGGUUUCUACCCUUAACAUGUGGAUACAAUGUUUUUGUAAGAACGGAAAGCUACAAGAAGCAAAUCAACUGUUGGAAGAAAUGGUAGAAAGGCAGGUCAAGCCUGACCAUGAAACCUAUACAACUUUAAUUAGUUGGAACUGCAAAGUAAAAAAUAUGGAGAAAGCAAGGCAACUCUUUCUGCAGAUGCAGGAAAGAAAUCUAAUCCCACUCACCUCAACUUUCAAUUCACUUUUAAAUGGUUACAGUAACGCUGGGAAUAAAGAUGAGGUUUUUUCUCUGUUUGAAGAGAUGGUGGCCAAGGGAAUUAAACCUGAUGAGAAAACUUAUUAUGUAAUGAUUGAUACUUACUGUAAAGAAGGGAACCUAAUAGAAGCCUUGAAGUUGAGGAAUGUAAUUCUGGACAGUGGUAUGCCAAUGAGUGUGACUGCCUAUGUUUCUCUAAUAGAAGCCCUGUGUAAAAAGGAAGAUAUUUCUGAAUCAUUGAUUUUGCUUAAUGAAGUAGGAGAGUCUGGACUCAGACUCAGUACUGCCAGAUGUAGUUCUAUAGCUUCCAAUUUUAACAGAGCAGGUGAUAUGGACAAAGCCACAUAA